GUGAAGGGGGAACUGAUGAACUGCCAAAUGAUCGGGAACCCAGAGUACCCCCUGCUUUCCAAAGACGGGGAUGUUAUAAUUGGUGGAGCUUUUUCAAUUCACAGCAAAAUUAUAUUACAGACACAGUCGUUUACUGAGAGACCUCGGCGUCUAAUCUGCACCAGCCUGAAUUUCAGAGAAUUCCGUUUUGUUCAGACCAUGAUCUUUGCUAUCGACGAGAUCAACAAGAGUAGCCUCCUUCCUAAUAUUUCUAUUGGAUACAGAAUAUUUGAUAGCUGUGGCUCCACAUUAGCAUCUAUGAGAUCGGCAAUGGCUUUAAUAAAUGGUCAGGAGCUUACAGCACAGCAGACCUGCUCCAACAGUUCAGCCGUACAGGCCAUUAUAGGAGAAUCUGAGUCCUCCUCAACCAUCGUCAUGUCAAGGGCAACGGGACCGUUCAAGAUUCCAGUGAUCAGUCAUUUUGCAACCUGCGCUUGCCUGAGCAACCGAAAAGAGUAUCCAGCGUUCUUCAGAACCAUUCCAAGUGAUUACUACCAAAGCAGAGCACUGGCUCAGCUAGUGAAGCACUUUGGAUGGACUUGGGUCGGAGCAGUAAGAAGCGACAAUGACUAUGGCAACAAUGGUAUGGCCACCUUUGUGGAGGCUGCUAAAAAAGAAGGGGUUUGCAUUGAGUACUCCGAGGCCAUUCUAAGAACAAGUUUCAAGGAGGCCAUUGCUAAAGUUGUGGAAAUCAUCAAAAAAGGAACAUCUAAGGUGCUGGUAGCAUUUCUGGCCCAGAAUGAGAUGGAUGUUUUGUUAGAAGAAGCCUUUGCUCAGAAUGUGACGGGGCUACAGUGGGUAGGUAGUGAAUCCUGGAUAACCGCUAGAUACUUGGCUACUGAAAGGACUUCGAAAGUGAUCAGCAGUGCACUAGGCUUCACCAUCAGCAAAUCCACCAUUCCAGGCCUGAAAGACUUCCUUCUUAAAGUCCAUCCAUCCCAAAGUCCUUCAAAUUCCCUUCUGUUAGAGUUCUGGGAGACGACAUUCGGAUGCCAGUUUCUCCCGAAAGCUGAUGAUGUGAAGGUUUGUACUGGAUUUGAGGAUCUCAAAAACAUAAACAACACCUUCACUGACGUCUCAGAGCUGAGGAUUUCUAACAACGUCUACAAGGCGGUUUAUGCAAUAGCUCACGCCCUGCAUAAUCUGGCCUGCAACGCAGAAGGAAUCUGCAACAAAAGGGAUUUGCUUCUAUUGGGUCGGGUACUUCAAGCCUUACAGAGUGUGAACUUUACAAUGCCCCUAGGCGAACGUGUAUUUUUCAACAAGAAUGGAGACCCUACUGCGAAGUAUGAGCUGGUAAACUGGCAGAAAAAUGCGGACGGGGAUAUAAACUUUGUUACUGUUGGUUACUACGAUGCCUCUCUGCCAAGUGACAAGCAGUUCGUCAUGAACCCUGUCGAUAUAGGUUGGGCUGGAAAUAGUAACACGAGGCCACGAUCUGUGUGCAGUGAGAGCUGCCAGGCUGGGUUUCGACAGGCACAAAUUAAAGGGCGACCACCCUGCUGCUUUGCAUGUGUACCAUGCCCUGUGGGUGAAGUCAGCAACGAUACUGACUCUGUUGAAUGCAUCAGAUGUCCUCUGGAGUUCUGGUCCAAUGAAAACCACAGUCUGUGUGUUCUAAAGAAAGUGGAAUUUCUGUCAUUCGAUGAAAACAUGGGGAUCCUCCUGAGCGCCGUUUCAUUAACAGGAGCAUCUAUAACCAUCGCUAUAGGACUGGUGUUCUUCUACUUCAGAGAUACGCCACUCGUUAAGGCCAGUAACAUUGAACUCAGCUUUCUGCUGCUCUUCUCUCUGACUCUGUGUUUCCUCUGUUCACUUACUUUCAUCGGUCAGCCUUCAGACUGGUCCUGCAUGCUGCGACACACAGCGUUCGGGAUCACCUUCGCACUCUGCAUGUCCUGCGUUCUGGCGAGAACGAUCGCAGUUGUAAUGGCGUUUAAAGCCACGGUGCCAGGCAGCAGGUUUCCUCAGUGUUCGAUGCCCAUUCAGAGACUGAGUGUUUUCUGUUGCACUCUUUUCCAGGUCAUCAUAUGUGUUCUGUGGUUGACACUGGAACCUCCAGUACCUCUAAAAAACAUGGCUUACUACAAUGAUAAAAUCAUACUGGAGUGUAAUCUGGGUUCAACUGUGGGUUUCUGGGCUGUUCUGGGUUAUAUCGGGAUUUUGGCUCUUCUGUGUUUUGUUUUGGCUUUUCUGGCUAGAAAACUUCCUGAUAAUUUUAAUGAAGCUAAAUUUAUCACCUUCAGCAUGUUGAUAUUCUGUGCAGUUUGGAUCACUUUUAUUCCAGCGUAUGUCAGUUCACCUGGUAAAUUUACUGUAGCUGUGGAGAUUUUUGCUAUUCUGGCCUCAAGUUUUAGUUUGCUGUUCUGUAUUUUUCUUCCUAAAUGUUUUAUUAUUUUACUCAAACCAGAAAAGAACACAAGAAAACAUCUGAUGGGUAAAGCUAGUGUAAAAUCAUAG